AUGCCCAUCUGCGAACGAUGUUCCCAAGGGGGAUACGAAUGCUUUGGAUACGACCACAAUAAUCCCAGCGGAAGUUCUUGGAGGAAGCCCUUGUAUUCUGACCCUGAUGGAGCCAAACCUUUUGAUUCAAUUUCUGACGUGUCGCUUUCAAAUUCUGGGAGGGAGGUCGAGAAUGGUUUGGUGGAAGCCCAAUCUUCGGUUUUAACCAAAUUAUCGACGAAUAAGGACAGCUUUGAGCACUCGGAUAAUUACAGUCCUAUCAAUCUUCAGCCCAUGGGCUCUACCCGCACGCCUAUCUCCCUUGCACAUCUAGGAGGUGACGCAUCGAUCUACGAUACAUUUCCCCCAACAAGACCCAAAACUCAUACAUCUGGAUUGGAUUUCGACUCACCUCUCAGCAUAUUGGAUACUGGCGUUCUUCAUCAUAUCUUUUAUACAAACCAAUUGUCUGUCCCCCUGGCUCAUAUACCACGGAGUUUACCCUCUCCAUCGGAUAUCCAAGAGGCCAUAAAAUAUGUUAGAUUACACAUCGAGCGAAUGCUUGGAAUCACUUAUUUCAAGCCUCCCCAAGCGCAUAUUGAUACAUUCCUGAGGAAGAUAUUGUCCCGCAUUUGGACAUGUAACUUCGCUCGCAAAGCCAGGUUAUUGGAUGCCAAAGUUACCCUUUCUAUUUUCCAAGGGAGCGACAAUUUAUACUACCAUAACUUGGCUAAUUCGAUUAACCAAUUCGAGCAGGAAGUCCAAGCAAGGCUUAACGAAUCCCUAACUUCUUAUGAGAUACAGGAACGACUUACAGACCUUUUAGAGAUGCUCUUUUUGAAGGGGGCCAUCCAUGACGCGCCGACCACAUACCGGAUAUUUUGUCAUAUGGCCCCCAGCUUCUUCAAGAUGGUCUAUUCCGACCGAACGCUACAAGCCGCCCAGAAUAGCUCUUUUUGGUCUCCGUAG